AAACCAAAGAACAAUCCACCAAAACCAAAGAAAACCUUUCCCUGUAAUAUUUGUGGCAAGGAAAUGAUAUCAGCAUCCAAAUUGAAAUACCAUAUGGUUAUGCACACGGGAGAAAAGGAUUAUCUUUGUACCAUGUGUCCCAAGGCCUAUUCCACCAUCUAUGCCCUGAAACAUCAUAUGCGUGCCCACACGGGCGAACGACCGUAUGAGUGUAAAUUUUGCGGCGAUCGUUUCCUGAGACCCACUACCCUUAAAAGUCACAUGCGUCGGCAUACCGGCGAAAGGCCUUAUGGUUGUGAAAUCUGUGGCAAACGUUUUAUACAACAUUCCUCAAUGGCUACACACAUGAAAUUGAAUCAUAUGGACAAGACAAUUGCCUGUCCGUACUGCGAUAAGAAAUACGCAAGGCAAACAGAUUUAAAUGUCCAUUUAUUAUCGCACAGUGGUGAUAAGCCGUUUGCCUGUAAACAAUGUCCUAGCCGGUUUACCCGCCAAUCAAACUUGAAUAAACACAUGAAUCAACAGCAUAGUCAGGGUAGUGAACCGCCGGCAAGGGGGAGAUAUGUGAGAUCCACGGUGGUGGAAGAAGCAGCCACUACGAAUGUGAAAAUGGAAGCGGUGUCCUUUGGAGGAGAACACAUGAUGGAGGUGCCGACAACGUUGCCCAGUUCAUCGUCAAAUGAAAUUGUCGUACCCACUACCACCGAUUUUGAUAAAUAUGUAACACCCAAUUGGUCCCUGGAUCAAACGUAG